AUGGAGGAUCGAGAAAAGGUACAAGAUUUUUCUUCUCGUGUUUCCACUAUUAUCAAUCAAAUAAAAAGCAGUGGAGAUGAAAUCAAAGAUAAAAAGGUUGUUGAAAAGGUUCUUUUCGAUCAUGUUGCUGUUGCGAUUGAAGAAUUAAAAGAUUUGUCCAAGAUGAUAAUAUAUGAGUUGAUUGGAUCUCUUCUAGCACAUGAGCAAAGAAUUAAUCGCUCUUGUACUCCAUCAAUUGAUCAAGCCUUCAAAUACAAGCAAGAGAAGAACGAAGAUGAUGCAAAAUUUGUGAAAGAAGAUUAUGAUGUUAUGUUUGUUUCUCUAAAUAGUGAAGAGAAGUCAAAAAGUCAAUGGUAUCUUGAUAGCGGUGCUAGCAACCAUAUGACAAGCAAUAAAGAUAUGUUUGUGGAGCUCAACUCUGACAUUACUUCAACAGUUGUUUUUGGAGAUGGUUCUUAUCAAGAUUCGAAAGGAAAAGGUACCAUUGUUGUUCCAACUUUGGGAGAUGAUCUCAUCUAUUUUGGAACAAACAAAGCUAUGGUGGCAGAAUUCAAGAAUCAAAUGAUGAAAGAAUUUGAGAUGACAGGCUUGAGACUCAUGAAAUAUUUUCUUGGUAUACAAGUUAAGAAAAGUUCGAUUGAUGAUCGAAAAAAUACCUCCGGUUAUAUCUUUUGUCUUGGAUCAAAUGUAAUAUCAUGGAGCUCAAGAAAACAGAAAUAUGUGUCAUUGUCAUCAGCCGAAGCAAAGUAUAUAACAUCUACUGAUGCAGCUUGUGAAGCAAGGAAUUUUAAGGGACAUGAAGUUUGA